AUGGAUAAGUCAUGGAUUAUUAAGCCACAAUCAUCGAUUGCGUAUCAAAAAGGAAUACAAGAAUUUAUUGAUUUUGCAUUCAAAGGUGCAAAAGAAAACGACGUAGUAAUAUGUCCUUGCAAACGUUGCGGUUUCAGAAAAUUAAAGAGUAGGAGUGACAUGUUCGACCACUUAAGUUGGUCACCAUUUCCGCAGGGAUACACCGUGUGGAUCCAUCACGGAGAGUCUUUUGUACGAUCUAGUACUAUCUCCCCUAGUACUACUCCAAGUAUGGUAGAAGAUACUAACAUUGUCGAAGAACCUAUUCAGAACAUGAUCAACGAUGCAUUUGGAGUUUAUGGGAAUCAUGCAAAUGAAAUACCAUCUGCGUCAAAUUUGGAGAUUGAACAAGAAGAUUAUGUGAUGCCAAGCUCAACUCAGGAAAGAAACGAAGCCAAUGAGUAUUAUGAGUUGGCUAGAGAAGGAGAACAACCUUUAUAUGAAGGGUGUAGACGAUAUUCAAGACUAUCUUUUUUGGUUAAGUUGUACCAUAUAAAGUGUUUAUGUGGAUUGAGUGAGAAGGCAAUGACAAUGAUUUUAGAGUUAAUAAAAGAUGCAUUUGAAUAUGCAAACAUUCCAAGUUCAUUCUAUGAAGCCAAGAAAUCAAUCACAAAACUUGGGUUGGGUUCACUUUCUGGGUGGAACACAUACACAGGACUUGCUUGCCCAUCGUGUAACUUUCAAACUACACCUCUCCGUCUUAAAGCUAGUCGUAAAUGGUGUUUUAUGGGUCAUCGUCGUUUCCUUGAUCGGAGACACAGGUUUAGAUUGAACAAGAUCCGCUUUAAUGGUGAACAAGAAAUGCGGAGUCCACCGAGAACAUUAUCUGGACAUGAAGUUUUUGAAAAGGUUAAAGAUGUUGAAGUCAUCUUUGGUAAAAAGGCAGUGAAAGAAAAAUCAGUAAAAAGAACACGUGAGGAACAACCUAUAGAAGGUGAUAGUACACAAUGUGAUCCUACAAAAGAAGUUAAACUUGGAGGUCCUGUUCAUUAUCGAUGGAUGUAUCCUGUUGAAAGGUACUUGGGAAAACUUAAAUCGUAUAUGGAACAACCUGGACGUGUAGAUGACGACCCUAUUGAUGAUAUCCAAACUGCUUCACGUGUAGCUGAAUUAUUUCCUAGAGUUGGAAAACCUGUGGGUGGAUCUUCUUAUUACACCCUAACACCAACUGAAAAAUUGCAGGCUCAUAGACACGUUUUAACAAACUGUCCAAUAGUUGACGACUAUCUAAAGCAGUUCCGAAGUUUUACUCAAAACCAAAUGAGGCGCAGUCAAAGAAGUGCUACUGUGAUAGACAAGAAGGUUCAUAAGGAGUUUGUGCAUUGGUUCAGCAAUCGUAUUCGCAACAAUCUUGACAACAUUCAUGGGCCAGAUAAAGAUGUUCUCAUUAGUCUUGCUCAUGGACCUUUUGAUAAAGUUAAAAGAUUUACCGCGUUCAAUGUCAAUGGAUUUAAGUUUCGAACGUUGGAACGAGACAAUCUUUUAAAAACUCAAAAUAGUGGAGUUUUUGGCAUGUUUGGGACACGAAGUUAUUCAAGCAAUAAUGAUACCCAAAUGAGAUUUGGAGGGGUCCCUUACUAUGGAAGAUUAAUAGAUAUUAUUGUGCUUUCCUAUGAUGGCUUCACAGUGCCCAUGUUUAAAUGUGAAUGGGCUAAUACCAUAAACCCAAGAGGAAUUAAGAUAGAUAAGUUGGGUUUUACCUCUAUAAACUUUGCAAGACUACUACAUACUAGUGAACAUGAAGAUAAUGAGCCAUAUAUUCAAGCAUCUGAAGCUCAUAUGGUUUUUUAUGUAGAUGAUGAGAGUGAACAAGGAUGGAGCAUACCUGUUCAUUUGAAGCCAAGAGACUUGUAUGACAUGGGUGGAAAUGAUGAAAUUAUGACACCCAUUGAGCCAUAUCCAUCACAAAAUUUGGAACAAAUCUUUUCAAAUGAUGUUCUUGGAACUUCAGCGACAAAUGAUGACAAUAGUUAA